AUGUCUGCACAAAACUCGGCUGGAAUCCAAACGCUGCUCGACCGCGAGGCCCAGAAGAUCGUCCAGCAGGACCGCACCAAGCGUGUAAAGGACGCCCGCUCCGAGGCCCAGAAGGAGAUCGACGAGUACCGCAACAAGAAGGAGGAAGAGUUCAAGCAAUUCUCAACACAGCACACCAGCGGCAACGAGCAGGCCGAGAAGGACGCUGGCAAGGACACAGACGAGAAGUUGAAGGAGAUCAAGAGCAUUGGCGACAAGGAGGGCAGCACCGUCGUCGACAACCUGCUACGCGCCGUCACCGAUGUCAAGCCCCAGGUUCCCGACAGAGUCGAGCAGCCCGUCGCAUAA